UUGCGGCUCGCCAGUGUCAGUCCCUGAGUGAGCGCCGGUGGUGGGGCGGGGAGCCGCGCGGCAGCCGCAGGUGGGGCUGCUCGCAGCCAGGGUUCCAGCCCCGGAGCCCCCAGGAUGCCCCGUGGGGACUCCGAGCAGGUGCGCUACUGCGCGCGCCUCUCCUACCUCUGGCUCAAGUUCUCGCUGGUCAUCUACUCCACAGUGUUCUGGCUGAUCGGGGGCCUGGUCCUGUCCGUGGGCAUCUAUGCAGAGGUCGAGAGGCAGAAAUACAAAACCCUGGAAAGUGCCUUUCUGGCCCCGGCCAUCAUCCUCAUCCUCCUGGGCGUCAUCAUGUUCAUUGUGUCCUUCGUCGGCGUGCUGGCUUCCCUCCGAGACAACCUGUGCCUUCUCCAAGCGUUUAUGUACAUCCUUGGUCUCUGCCUCAUAAUCGAGCUCAUUGGUGGCGUGGUGGCCUUGAUCUUCCGGAACCAGACCAUCGACUUUCUGAAUGACAACAUUCGAAGAGGCAUUGAGAACUACUAUGACGACCUGGACUUCAAAAACAUCAUGGACUUUGUUCAGAAGGAGUUUAAGUGCUGUGGCGGGGAAGACUACCGAGACUGGAGCAAAAACCAGUACCACGACUGCAGCGCCCCGGGACCUCUGGCCUGCGGGGUGCCCUACACCUGCUGCUUCAGAAACACGACAGAAGUUGUCAACACCAUGUGUGGCUACAAAACUAUUGACAAGGAGCGCCUCAGCGUGCAGAACAUCAUCUACGUGCGGGGCUGCACCAACGCCGUGCUCAUCUGGUUCAUGGACAACUACACCAUCAUGGCCGGGCUCCUGCUGGGCAUCCUGCUGCCCCAGUUCCUGGGGGUGCUGCUGACAUUCCUGUACAUCACCCGCGUGGAGGACAUCAUCAUGGAGCACUCUGUCACCGACGGGCUCCUGGGGCCUGGCGUCAAGCCCAGUGCGGAGGCAGCAGGUGCAGGCUGCUGCAUGUGCUACCCCAAUUAGGGCUGUGGCCUGGGGCAGCGGCUCCAGAAGGACCGUGACAGAAGGACAGCUCGGCUCAGGCCACGUCGUGGGGGCCGGACAGGACCGCAGCCCCUCUCUCCACGUUCGGCACUGACUGAAGCCUUGGCUGUAUUCGCUCAGGGCUCCCAGGUCACCUUGGGACCCUGUGCCACCUGUGCUGAUGGGGGGUGGGGAGCAGGGUGUCCCUUCUCCAGGCUCGGGCCCCCUGGGAAGGGGGAGCUCGGCGCUGGGCUCUGAGCCCGUUUCACUUCUGAUAGUGCCUUCGCCUUGCUGUUUGUGCCCCUUUGAGGGCAGUUUUGUCAUCCGAGAGGGAGGGGAGCCUGAGUGCCCCGUGCUGAAGGAGGGGAGAGGAGCAUCCCCAGGGGCCCUGUUCCUCAGCCUUACCCCUGAGGCCACAUGGGGCCCAUUUCUCAGACUCCCCAGUGCCUUGAGCCCUCCUCAGGGCUGCUGCUUUGCUGACCCUAUUUUUUAUGUGAUUUUUGUAACAUUCGUUUUGUACACAGUUAACAGGAGUUUCUGACUAAUCAAAGCUGGAUCCUCCACCCCCACCCGCCUCAACUUCCCCUGUUCCUUUCUUGCCCCUCCAAGCCAGUUUAUUAAUCAAACAAUAAAGAUAUGAUUUUUUUUUUUU